UUGUGGGACUGAAUGGAUCACGGAGCCGGCGGCUGUAGGUCUCCAGUCUUCAUCUGACGCUUGGCGGCUGCUGAGCCACCAGGUUCAUGUGGAGGCUCCCAGGCUCCCGCGCCGCGCUUCGUGGGGUCCGCACGGCGGUGGGGCGGCACACUCGGGCCGAGGCGGCGACUGAGACGGCGGCGGGAGCGAUGGAGCGCGCUGUGGUGCGCUGUGUGCCUUCGGAACCGAAGCUAAGCCUGUCGUUCGCUCUGGCAGACGGCAGCCACAAGAACAUGCAGCGCGACCAAAGCGAGCCGCUGGGUCGGGCCCUCAGCCGGAUUGCUACCAACGCCCUCAAAGGCCACGCUAAGGCGGCCGCCGCCAAGAAGAGCAGGAAGAACCGGCCAAAUGCAAGUGGCGGGGCCUGUGCGGGGCCUGUGUCGGAGCCGGCUGCGGCCUGCGAGCCCGUCGUGAAGCUGUACUACCGGGAGGAGGCAGUGGCUGAAGACGUGCUCAACGUGGACGCCUGGCAGGACGGCGCGGUGCUGCAGAUCGGCGAUGUCAAGUACAAGGUGGAGCGCAACCCGCCCGCCUUCACCGAGCUGCAGUUGCCACGCUACAUCAUGGCCGGCUUCCCGGUGUGCCCCAAGCUCAGCCUGGAAUUUGGGGAUCCCGCCAACUCGCUCUUCCGAUGGUAUAAGGAAGCCAAACCCGGAGCGGCGGAGCCUGAGGGCGGGAGCCCCUCGUCAUUGUCUCCCUCUUCACCCUUUCCUAGUUGGACAGAGACGGGUGUGAACGAACGCGUCUACACGCCGUCCAAUGCAGACAUCGGGCUGCGACUCAAGCUUCAUUGCACCCCAGGCAAUGGGCAGCGCUUCGGGCCAAGCCGGGAGUUGGAAAGUGUGUGUCCGGUGGAGGCUGGGCCCGGUACUUGCACCUUUGACCAGCGGCAUCUCUACACCAAGAAGGUGACGGACGAUUCUCUCAUUCGCACUGUGUCUUACAACCUCCUGGCCGACACGUACGCCCAGACUGAGUUUUCGAGGAGUGUCCUCUACCCGUACUGUGCCCCUUAUGCCCUCGAGCUCGACUACCGCCAGAACCUCAUCCAGAAGGAGCUCACGGGCUACAACGCUGACCUCAUCUGUUUGCAAGAGGUAGAUCGCAACGUGUUUACCGACAGCUUGGUGCCGGCACUCGAGGCCUUUGGGCUGGAGGGCGUGUUUAGAAUCAAGCAGCACGAAGGCCUGGCUACUUUCUACCGAAAGACCAAAUUCACUCUCCUUAGCCAGCAUGACAUUUCUUUCCACGAAGCCCUGGAGUCCGACCAACUUCACAAAGAACUGCUGGAGAAACUAGUUUUGUACCCGUCUGCGCAGGAGAGGGUGCUCCAGAGAUCUUCUGUCCUUCAGGUUUCUGUUCUUCAGUCUACAAAGGACUCGUCUAAAAGGAUAUGUGUUGCUAAUACCCAUCUGUACUGGCAUCCAAAAGGUGGGUACAUUCGUCUCAUUCAAAUGGCAGUAGCCUUGGCUCACAUUAGACAUGUCUCGUGUGAUCUGUAUCCUGGCAUACCAGUUAUAUUUUGUGGAGACUUUAAUAGUACCCCAUCAACAGGAAUGUAUCAUUUUGCUGUCAAUGGCAGCAUUCCAGAGGACCAUCAAGACUGGGCUUCCAAUGGGGAAGAGGAACGUUGCAACAUGUCCCUCACCCAUGUCUUCAAACUGAAAAGUGCUUGUGGUGAACCUGCUUACACAAAUUAUGUUGGUGGCUUUCAUGGAUGUCUGGAUUACAUUUUCAUUGACUCAAAUGCCCUAGAGGUUGAACAGGUGAUUCCAUUACCUAGUCAUGAAGAAGUCACCACUCACCAGGCGUUACCUAGUGUUUCCCAUCCCUCUGAUCACAUAGCACUUGUGUGUGAUUUAAAAUGGAAAUAGAUUUGUGUUUAAUGGAAUUUGAGUCUCUUUCGUAGGAAAUUUAAUAUGAAUCAGAGCUUAUAUGUAACCUUUAAAGAGGAAAACUACACAGACACCGAGGCAAAAUGUUUUUAUUCUGUUCCAGUGUCUUCAUUACAUGACUGUUCAUAAUUGCAGUUUCUCUACUUUUUUUUUUCCUAAGGUUGAAGGAAAAACAAAUAUAUUUAUGACUACCAGGAAGAACACUGAAUUAUGUACAUUUUAUAAGUACUUUUUUUUUAGCUAGGAAUUAAGAAUUUUGUAAAAAAAAAAAAAAAACAAACCAAAAAACCAUUUGAAUGAUCCUAUAAUUUUUCUAUCAUAACACAUUUCAAAUUGAAUCAUGUUUGUAUAAUUAGGGGAAAAAUGCAUAUGGGUUAAGGUGAGAGGCCUAAGUCUGACAUGAACGAGCACUAGGGUCUACCUCUACCUCAAUUUGGUUAGCAAUUUAAUACAACUUCAGAGCUUUAACGAAAGAUUAAAAUGUGCCAUCCACCAAAUGUUAUUGCUCCUCCUCUUUCAUUUUUCAAUCAACAUAAGAUAUUUUAAUUCUCUUAUUUGUAGGAUUUUACUUUCUAGUGUAUGGUACAAAUGAACACAUUUAUAUUCUAGCCAGCUCAUUUGAACUUUUAGGAUGCAAGCACAAUUUAGUAUUCAAAGUGAAUAGCAACAUAGUCAACUUGAUCCCAUUUUCUUUAAUUAUUCUUGCCCAUGAAAAACGUUCAUAAAUCACCAAGGGUAUUUGGCCAUAUGAUAUUAGAGAAUACAGCAUAAUACAUUACUUUAUGAGAAACUGUCUACUGAUAUGGGGUUGACAUUUUGGGAGAACCAUUGAGCAUUUCUAUGCUGGAAGUAUUUUUGAAAUUGUUGGUCUUUAUAAAUAGGAGAAGGAGGAAUAGUGGAUCUUUUCAGCAUUUCUGAAAUAAACUAUUCAUUUUAUAGAUUUGAGCAUUACAUUUGAGUUAUAGGAAAAUACUGUAUAUAAUUUAUAUGCUGUAAAAAAAAAAGUUUAAAUAUGAAGCCAGACUUUUUAAAAUUAGGAAUUAUUGUUUUACUGAUUAGUUUCUCACCUAGAGUGGUAACUGGGCUCUUCUAACUCAGUUAUCACCAUACCUUGUUUGUAAUGCUUUAGCUGUUGCUUUUUGAUGUUCAGGGUAACUGUAAUGUUAUCUCCUACUUCUGCAAUUAGUUUCUAGCUUAGAUAUGAAAAGCUCACCCACUUCAAGAAGAGUUCUGAUUUUCCACAGUCAUGAGAGUUUUUGUCUCAAAUUCUUUAAUCUCCAAACCCAAAACCAUAAGAACUUUCCUCUUUUGAUAAAGUAGGCUGUACUUCCAUAUUCUGCUCACUGUCCAAUGUAUUGUUAACUCUUAGUAAGUUUGAGAACAAGAAUUUUACUUCGUUCAGAUUGAACCUUGAAGUACUUAAAAUACUGGAAAAGAAAAAUUAAAGUGGCAGUUUCUUGGGAUCUUGUUUAGAAAAAGCUAUAAAUAAAAAUUGAUGCUACCAAAUUGUGCCUUCCUAAAUAACAUUUUUGAGAGCAUUUUAACAUCAGUUUACAACUACAUGAAUAUGUUAAAGCCAGAAUCUGAUUCUUUUGCAAAAUACAUCUUUUUUUUUUCCUUUUUAAAAUGUGUUUUUGGUCUGCUUUCAAACAUGUUGACAGGACCCUUAAAAUAACUUGAAAAAAAGUUUCUAAGCAAAAAGUUGAGAAACAUUUUGAAAGAAGAAAUUAAGUUACAUACUUAUUCAUGCUCAUGAGAAAAACAUUCAGAUUCUGUAUUAACAAACACCCUGGCUAACUAGAUUGAACUCUAGUCAAAGGAACUAAUCACUUAUCAAAGAUUCCACAUCCUGAGUCUUUUAAUUUUAUAUUUACUGACUUAACAGUGUGAUCUGAUUAUAGACAGGCAUUUCAGAAUAGGAGAAGGUAGAUUAUUAUUGUGAAGUGCCAUAUACUCUGGUCAAAUCUCCAGUAUAUAGAUAAUGUUAGUAUGAUUGGAGUCCAAAGUAGGGAACGCUAAGAAAAUUGUAUAAAUAGGAUACCAAAAUUACCUUGUAUUCAUGGGUUAGAAUAAAGUGUUAUUCAGAAAUGUU